UUGUAGGCGGGGUGGGUUUUUCGCAAGGAUCGCGCGAAGUAGGUGGGAAGCCCCCUCGGGGUUUGGUGACGGGACAGGGCGUUCUCGAGGCGGGACCCGACGAGAGUUUCCAGUGACGAGUCACCAACGCCGGUGUCACCAGCUUAAGCUUUUCCCCUGGAGUAGCUCGAGCUCCCUGCGGAGCUGGAUUGAGCUCCAACUGGAACUCCAUGGUUGGGGACUUUCGUGGCAUCCAGAUCAUUGUUCGACGAUGGGCUUUGACAUUUUCGAUUCGAAGGAACCUUCCUGGGCUUGAUUCUCUCCCUUUGUUGCUCACUUCAGUGCGUCGUGAGAGGCGAGGGAGGAGACCGUCGUUUGCAAAUUGCAUUCCAGAGUGUGAAUUUCGUGCGCUUCAGCUCUUGCUGGGUAGGAGAUUUUUCAUAUUUAUUUUUUGAACUUUUCUAUUUGUUUGAGUUCGUUGUGGUAGUUUUAUAAAUUGGACGGAGGGGUUUGUCGGUGCGGAGCUGACCAGGAAAAGCUGGGAGUGAUUUUCUGGGACGAGAUGGUGAUGGAAGAGCAAACCGCCUUCCGGAUGUAGCCGGCGAAUUUUGACUUCGGGACAAGAUCGACGUCGGUGAAGUGCGCACUUGUAAGCCCUGAACUGCGAUUGGACUAUUCGUGCCAUGGUUUGGAAUUGGCAAGGUAUUCGAGGGUCUUUUUUUGAAAAUAUCAGGUACCCAACCCUGAUACUACCAAGGCGGAAGGGCCUACGACAGCGUCGCUUCGGUGCUAUCUUAAUGAAGCCGGAAGUUCACCCCGCCAUUUGACACAAAUGAGUGGAAUCAGACACGAAUUCGAAUUCGAAUUUUUCGACACUGAGGCCAGGACGGUGAUCAGGACAAAGAACGGCUAUAAUGACUUGUAAAUUAAAGAUGAUGAGCGUGCGAGAUGUUGGAUUGCUCUUUGCUGUGACAAUCUUUGCUUACGUGUUGGGAGUUCUCACAGCCCCAUCAUUCCUUUUUCUGUCUGCAACCAAAACUUCGCCGUAUGAUGUUUCGAAAACGCAAAAUGAUUCAUCUCCUGUCUCACAACCGCCACUCCUAAGCUCUUUGCAAACAUCUCCACUCCAUCAGCUACAACAAGGGAGACAGAACAAUAAGGACUGCAGGAAUCAGCCAUUGCCUGGGUACAGGAUGCUCCCCACGGACCUCAUCACGUUUAACCACGAGUGCAAGGCGGAGGCGAUGCCUGCAGAUAUGAUCCGAAGCUUUCUAAUCAAGGAGCUCUUUGACGGCGUGUCCCCAUACGAACAUUUUCCACCGAAACAUGUGGCAGCUCUUCUCCAGAAGGAACGGAUCAGAGGAUGGGGCUCCACAACGACUGUGUUUCGUCGUCUUAUGGAGGAAGUAAAGCCUAAGGUUGUGAUAGAGUUGGGGAGUUUUCUCGGCGCUUCGGCAACACAUUUAGGCGCCAUAGCAAAGGAAUUAGGGCUCCAGACUGACAUCUUCUGCUUCGACGAUUUCCGUGGGUGGCCUGGGUUCCGCAGCGGCCCAUUCGCCGACAUCAAGCAGCAGAAUGGAAAUGCAAUGCUCAUGAAUCAGUUCAUACAAAAUGUGAUCUAUACAAACUUGACGGAAUCUAUUCUGCCGGUCCCGUUUGCGACCGUGGCGUCGCUGUCAAGCUUCUGCAAGUGGGGACUUUAUGCGGAUUUGAUAGAAGUGGAUGCAUCCCAUGAUUUUCAUUCGGCGUGGUCGGAUAUCAACAUUGCCUACAGGUUGCUACGGCCAGGCGGGGUGAUGUUCGGACACGACUAUUUCACCGCAGCGGAUAAACGAGGAGUUCGGCGAGCUGUGAACUUGUUUGCGAGCAUGAACAAUCUGCGAGUGGAGCCAGACGGACAGCAUUGGAUUUACAGAAGACUAAAAGAAGUGUAGAAACUGAUCAAUUCCAAACUCAACUGUUACGUGUGCAGCUCAAUUAAGCAAAUCAAUAUGAAAAGUCUUGAACAGAUCAUCGACAUGAAUUCCCAGUCGGAGUGUGUACACGAGAUCGUUCACCUGACGUUGCAUUGUGCGCA